AUGCUACUGCCGUAUACCGUCUUGGUUGUCUUGAAUUUCGUCUACCGAAUAAGCUACAUCGAUGACGAGGGCGUAUGCAUUAUUGGCAUGCAGAGGAUUGCCAUGCUACCCUUGAUCAUUUUCGAGGUCGUUGUGAACAUUUGCCUGACUGCUCUCUUCGUUGUUCCCCUCCGCAGUCUCUACUCGUAUCAAAACAACACAAACCCUACACUCCGUCGGAUAGCCAAGCGCUCGCUCAUGGGCUCCCUCGCCACCCUCACCACGUCCGUCGUCAACCUGACCGUCCUCAUGAUACUGCAAGGUGAACCAGCCUGGAUCUGCUUCAUCUGCUGCAACGCCGAUAUUCUGUUCUGUUCGCUGGUGCUACAUUGGGUCACAUCCAAAGACAAGACGAUGAUGACUACCGACGCAACGAGCGGUACGGGAGGCGAAAACAUUGGUUCAAGACACGGUACAACAUCACACCAAAGACGGCAAAGCAAGUUGAUGUACGGAGAAAACACAGAAGAAAAGCUGCGCAGUGAAAUCAUCACCAUCAAGGGCAUGGCCGACGUGUCGCCGACCGGCGGCAACAGCAUCAGCAUCAGCAGCAGCAGAACCAACAGCGGCGCAAACUCCCGAAGACCUAGCCUCAACGUUUUCCCUUGCUCGAUCAACACACACAAUCCACAUCACAACAACCGUCCGCAGACUUCACCACGUUUAGUGCUUUCGAGCGUCACAACGGAAUGCAAAUCCUCGUCCCCGCCCAGCAAAUUCCGCGCCCCAAGUCGCGGCAUGUAUCGCACACCCACACGAGAGGAGUUUGGGGAUGAGGUCGAGUUGAACAAUAUCAGGGUGCAGACUAUACAUACGAGGGAGGUGGAGAUUGAUGAGGAGGGGAGGGAGCGGACGGGGAGUGUGAGGAGUGAGGGGGAUGAGUGGGUUGGUCAUGAGCGGAGGGUCAUUGGGGAUGGUGUGGUUUGA